CCUCAACCUACUUAGUGUGCAACUCAUUUCUGAUCCAAUGGGGGCUUACAAGUACGUUUCGGAGCUAUGGAGGAAGAAACAAUUUGAUGUGAUGAGGUUCUUGCAGAGGGUAAGGUGUUGGGAAUACCGCCAGCAUCCUUCCAUCGUCCGAGUCACUAGGCCAACACGCCCAGACAAGGCUCGUCAUUUGGGUUACAAGGCCAAGCAGGGAUACGUUGUUUACCAUGUAUGCGUGAGGCGUGGUGGAAGAAAGAGGCCAGUCCCCAAGGGUAUUGUCUAUGGUAAGCCCACAAACCAGGGAGUUACUCAAUUGAAGUUUCAGAGAAGCAAGAGGUCUGUUGCUGAGGAACGUGCCGGACGCAAGUUAGGAGGUCUCAGGGUUCUCAAUUCCUACUGGAUCAACGAGGAUUCGACUUACAAGUACUUUGAGGUGAUAUUGGUGGAUGUUACCCACAACGCAGUCUGUAAUGACCCAAGAAUCAAUUGGCUCUGCAAUCCUGUUCACAAACACAGAGAGCUUCGUGGUCUUACCUCUGCAGGCAAGAAGUUCAGAGGUCUGCGUGGAAAGGGACACAGGAACCACAAGAACCGACCUUCCCGCAGGGCAACAUGGAAGAAAAACAACACUUUCUCUCUUCCGCGUUACCGUUGAUUUUGG